CGUCCCGCCGCGACUCCUCCGGCCGCCGCCAACGCUGCGCCCCCCUUUUCCCUCCCGACGGAGCGAUGCGCCCCACGGAGGCGCUGCUGCUGCUGCCUUGGGGGCUCUUCCUCUUUUGGGGGGCCCUGCUGGCCCGGCAGGUGCGAGGCCUCCGCCACAGCGUCUACUGGAACGCCAGCAACCCCAGGUUCUUCAAUUCAGAUGGAGGUUAUGCCAUUCAGGUGUCCAUCAACGAUUACCUGGAUAUCUACUGCCCGCAUUAUGACCGGCCUCUGGUCAGCGGGAAGCCGGAAUCCUUCACUUUGCUUAUGGUCAACGCCGACGGAUACCAAGGCUGCUACGAAACGCCGGGCGCUUUCAAACGUUGGGAGUGUAACCGCCCGUAUGCGGCCUACGGCGCCGUCCGGUUCUCGGAGAAAAUCCAGAGGUUUACCCCGUUUUCGUUGGGCAUCGAAUUCCAGAGCGGCCGUGAAUAUUACUAUAUAUCUAUCCCUGCCCCGGAGAGUCCUGGCCAGUGUUUGAAGCUACGCGUUUUGGUCUGCUGCAAAGCCGCGACCACCGCAGACCCCGCGACGGAGGCCCCCAAAUCUCAGCCCCGAGGGAGAGGAGGUCCAGAGAAAGCAGAGGUCAUUCGGGCACACAGCCCUGCCCCGAUCCGGCUUAGCGUCGCCUGCCUGGCUCUCCUGGUGGUGCCCUUUCUCUGGCUCUGACUGCCGGGAAUUUGGAUCGCGUUCCCCCCCAAAGACUCGGGCCGGUUAGGGAGCGCCGGCGGAGGGAUCCCUCCACCCCACUGUUACCCCCGCUGCGAAGAUGCUGACCGACCGCUUGGCACUUUAGACUUUGACGAAGACCCCCUCCUCAUUUCUCCUUCGAUUGACCACACAGCUGAUUUUGGGACGGGUCGGCCGACAGUGUUUCCAAAUCCCGAAGGAACGCCUCUUUAAUCCGGGAUGAUCCUCUCCGCUUCCAUUCAGGCUCCUGAGGAUUUCUAGUGAGAGCGCAUUGUGUCUCGUUCCCACCACCGGAUAUCAAAGCUGUGCUUUCUGCCUCCAGGACCGGAUGGAGACCCCACCACCACCACCACCAAGCUGGCUUCCCCCACCCCAAACAAGAAAAUUCAGAUUUGAGUCCCUUCCAGAUUUCAGCCGAAGACAAUCUCCCCAGGACUUCACGCCAAAGAGACGAGAUUUCUCCCCGUUACUCCGCUGGCAAUCUCCCAAGGACUUAAAACCGUGCUGCUUAAAUAGAGGAGGUUGGCUUUGUAUACCCCACCCCAAAAUUUCCUCUUUGGGGUGAACAUUGCCCCCCCCCCCAAAAAAACCCCACCCUCUGGACUGUGUCAGCUUCCCCGCGCUUUCUGUUCUCGAUGAGAACAAUCCUGACGGACGGCUCCAUUAUAUUAUCUUCCGUGAAGAAAGCAACUUCCUGUAGCUGGUGCGCUGCUCCCAUGUUUUUUUUAUGAUUAUUGUGUUUUUAAAUUUGGUGGUCCCUCCCGCUGAAUCCGGGAUCAUCGGUGACUGAGCCAAACAAUAAAUCCGUUUUAGAAA